UUCUAAAAUAUUCCGACCAAUGACGAGGAACAACAAAUUAAUAAUUUUAAUAAUAAUCUUUUUGAGUUUCUGGAUAAAGACAGCGAAUUUUGAAUCAAAAUUUCUAAAAGAAAAAGAAUAUUUUGUCAAUAAUUCUACUGAGACUACAACAACAUCUGAGACACAAUGUCCAUCAUCAAAUUUAAUUCGAACACGUUAUAAGUGUAAAAAUUUAAAAAACGAAUGGGUCGAUUGCACAAGGACAAAUUGUUGUCCAGGAUAUAAUUUCUUUGGUGGACAUUGCAUUCAAAAAGGACAAGAUCCUUGUUCUCUAAAUUUCUGCGAACAACGUUGCAGUCUCUUAUUUCAAAAAAUUAUUUGCACCUGCUGGUCCGGUUACAAGUUCAAUUCUGAGAGGCAAAAACGAGGGUUGAAGCCGGUGUGCGUCGACAUUGACGAAUGCGUCGAAAACAGUACAGAUUGCGAACAGCUUUGUAUUAAUGAACCAGGAGGUUUUUCCUGUGGUUGUAACGACGGUUUCAUUCUAAGCGUGGACAAUAAGACCUGCGAGAAGUUGAAGCAUUUUGAUCGAGAGAAACCGGAAAUAUCAGCAGCCAAUGAUGAAGCAGUUAAUGCAACAGCCGCCGCUACUCCUACUGCACCUAAUACUACUACUACUACUACUAGAUGCUACGCCAGCUGUGAUUCUCUCCUUCUUUUACAAAACAAGGUGAAACAAUUGCAGGAAAGAAUUUUAAGUCUGGAAACGGCAAUGAAACUUUCUAAUUUUUACUAUUCUGGUCAAGUAGCUGAUCCAAUUUUCGAGGAAACAAAAUCAAGGGAUCAAGCAUUUGGAAGUGAUUUAAAAUUCGUUGCCGAAGGUUAUGCCAGUGAAAAUGAAAAAUCCUAUCCAAUUCUCGACAGUUUUGUUCGAACCGACUCGGGUUAUUGCAAAUGUCAACGGGGACCAAUUGGUCCUCCAGGACCUCCGGGAACUAGAGGACAAAAAGGUGACGCUGGAGAAAAAGGAGCUAGAGGACAUAAAGCGUCAGCUGGAAACUUUGACUUUUUAUUGUUUUUGUUAGCCGACAUAAGACACGACAUUGUCCUUUUACAGGAAAAAGUUUUCACUGGAGAAAUACCUGCACCGAAAUUGGAUUUACAAGGGCUUUUACGAAAACAUAGACUCGGAAAGGAACGAAAUAAAAUUCAAAAGGAUGGCUCAUGGAGUUUGUCAAUUAAGGGUGUCAGUGAUGAAGAAAUUGAAGACGAAGCCUCCGGAUGGGAUCAGUAUGAAGAUUAAUUUUUUUUCACAUACCAUAUAUACGAUAAAAUUUUAUAAUUAUUAUUAAUAUCGAUUAUUUUCAAA